CCCCUUCAUGUCCAGAGCCAGGACCCUGAAGCCGGCGCCCGCCAUGGCAGGGAUCUACAGCAGACAGGUGGCUGUUUCUAGUGUGUGAACACCCCCAAACACCGAGAAUAAAAUCAAUUGCAGCAGGUGAAUCUGGCGUUUUCUCUGCUGCAGCAGGGAGCUUCUGUUGGUGCCUGGGGGAGACGCUGCCCUUUGUACAGACUCUCACACAGAACCGCCCCUGCCUCUGUGUGAAGGGGCACAUAUCUAGUGUCGUGGUGCACAACAACACGUGGUCGACUUUGCUUCUUGCAUGUUAAUCAUUUCUGCAAUUUAACAUUUCCACCACCCUUAAUGUCAGCCGGAUAGUAAUACCAGCUCAACACCUUGAUUGUUUUCAGGUCCAACAGUGGCAUCUUGUGGAUGUGAGAGGACACUACGAGCAUCCAGAGUCAAUGCAGGAUGUGUGGUCGUGCAUCAAAAGUGAAAGUAAGACAAACCAGGAAGGAUUCAUGAACAACUUCGACAUGCUAACUGACAGAAAUCCACUAAUCCUCACAGGGAUCAGAAACUCAAACUGUGCCCCACAUGAGAAUCAUGGAUUAAAGCUCUGUACAUCUGAUGGAGUCCUUCAUCAGUGUGGACCUACACACCUCAGUAUCAGUUAAGCUGGGGCUGUGUGCAGAAGACACAGAAGUAAGGAAACAUGGGACUCUGUUCUGUGCAGCAGCAGAGAGUGAGCAGCAGACAGGAGAGAAGAUACUGGAGCUGUUAUCAUCAGUGUGCACAUAUCCAACAUUCCGUUACUGAAAUAUCUGAUCCUGAUGAAGAACAAUAUCAGUGUGAUUUCCUGCUGGAUCUGUACUCCCACCUGAAGGACUGUGAGACUGAAACAUGCCUGAGUGUGCUUCCAUCAGUACAGUCAGUUUUCCAGUCCUCUCCUGCAGUCUGGUGCAUAGACCUCUCAGAGAGAAAGACCUCCUUCCUGCUGGAAGUGCUGAAACUCCAACCAGAGAAGAAACAGGUGGAGCUGAGAGGCUGCUCAGACAUAGACAGUGAAGUGAGGACUCUCCUGCAGUGUCUGCCUUAUAUCUCACAGCUCAGUGCUGACAGGAACCUGCUGCUGAGGAUGGUCCACCACUGUGCUGCCUCUGCCCAGCAGGGGGCAGCAGAGGCUCUGCUCAGGACUGUGCAGCACAGGCUGGAUCUGUCCUGCUCCUCCUGUGUGGAGCUGUCAGAGGAAGACCAGAGUGACACUCUCCAUCUGACUGCUGGUGACUGCAGGGCCGUCUCCACCGUCCUGAGACGCUGCAGACAGGAAACACAGCUCAUCCUGCAGGACUGUGAGGUGCAGGACAGCGGACUGGACCUGCUGUUUCCUGUCCUGCACACGGUAAUACUCAGGUACGAAGACCAGGAACACUUAAACACAGAGAAGAAACUGUUGUUAUACAAGUUUCUGCUUCACAUCGGCUCGCUCUUUGCUCUGUGUCUCCUGCUCAGAGCCAGUAAAGCUGUCCUCCUCCAGCUGGUGUCCCUGGUUCCUGUGAACAAUGAGAGGGACACAGUGGGACGGGCCGUGUCUCUCUGCAGAGCAUUGGAGGGAGAGCUGGACCUCAGUCACAGCACGCUGGAUCAGAGGGCCUGUGCAUCCUUGGCCCUGAUUCUGGACUUCUCUGAAGGGCUGACAGAGCUGGACCUCAGUCACUGUCAGCUCACUGACCAGCUGCUGCUCACGCUCAGCGCUCAGCUGCACAAAGCACAAGUCCUCGAUCUGAGCCACAACAACCUCACCGACGCUUCCACCGACCUCUUACUCCAACUGGUCUCCAUCAACCCCUCCAUCCACACUGUGCUGUGAGCAGACAUUAGUGCACCCUUUCUGCUUCAUCAUCCUAAUCAAACUCAACUUAUUGUUCUGACUGACGUCUGCUUGUGUUGUUUCUAGGCUGUUCGGGAACACAAUUGUGGACAGCACAUUCCUUAAGAGAAACAAGACGUUUGAAAUAUGGUGACCCUCCGUCAGUGGGGGCGCCUGAAUCAGGGAAUGACUGAGGACUAAUCCUGACUGUGUGAAUGGUGGGGGUCGUUCAAAUCGAGUCCAUGUUUGAUAAUAACUCAGGAGAUCAGGACCGUUGUUCUGGAGUAUAGAUUAUUCAGUUAUGGUACGCACAUUUGUGAUUCUGCUCGUUGAACAUGGUACAUUAAUUGUGUUUGGUGGGAAAACCUAAAGGUCAUAUCAAAAUAAUAUGAAUGUUUUUGAUGACUGUCUUUGUAUGGUGUGAGAAACUGUAAUGCUGUGAACAAUGACUGCCAUUUAUUCCUAAGUAAUGAUGCAAUAAUGGAGCUGUUCUCUGUCUUUCUUAUUAAAACUGCAGUAAUCGGUG